AUGGGGUCCGCAACUUUUGAGCUUGCCGGUCGGCACUUCCCCCGUGUAACUUGGUGGAAGAAUCCCGGCAUGCGCAAGACCUACAUCUGUCUAAUGUUUGUGGUGUUGACUUCGGCCACCAACGGUUACGAUGGAUCUAUGAUGAACGGGCUCCAGACCCUGGACUACUGGCAGGAAUACUUCAACCACCCGUCCGGGUCCCUUUUAGGAAUUCUCAGCGCGAUCAUGUCGCUGGGAUCAUUGGCCGCCUUGCCCGUCGUGCCCUAUGCUGCCGAUCUGCUGGGGCGUCGAAUGGGCGUUUUGAUCGGUUGUUCGAUCAUGAUUUUGGGGGUUGUCUUGCAGAGUAUCAGUGCCAACUACGGCAUGUUUCUCGCCGCUCGAUUCUUGAUUGGAUUUGGCGUGGCCAUUGCCCACGGUGCCUCGCCUCUGCUGAUCGCCGAACUGGUGCACACGCAACAUCGCGCUGUUUUUACCACCAUCUAUAACACAACGUGGUACCUGGGUGCCAUUGUCGCAGCGUGGCUUACGUUCGGCACCAACAACAUCAAGAGCGACUGGGCUUGGCGGGCCCCGACCAUUGUCCAGGCGGUGCCUUCGGUUCUCCAAAUCAUCUUCAUUUGGUUCGUGCCGGAGUCGCCUCGAUUCUUGAUCUUCAAGGGCAAGAACGAGCAAGCGCUGAAGGUGCUAGCCGACUGCCACGCCAAUGGCGACCAAAUGGAUGAGGUGGUCCAAUUGGAAAUGAACGAGAUUAAGGAGACCAUCCGACUGGAGAAGGAAUUUGAGAGCAGCAACUGGACGGAGCUGAUCCGCACUAAGGGCAACCGUCACCGUAUGAUCAUCUGUAUCUCUGCCGGCCUGUUCUCGCAAUGGUCGGGUAACGGCCUGGUGUCGUACUAUAUCGCCAAGAUCCUGGAGUCGAUCGGCUACACCAGCUCCGUCGAGCAGAACCUGAUCAACGGCUGUCUUCAGAUCAUGAACUUCAUCGUCGCUCUGACGAUGUGUUUCUUCGUGGACAAGAUCGGUCGUCGCAAGCUCUUCCUCGUCUCCACUGCUGGCAUGCUGGUCGCGUUCAUUGUCUGGACAAUUUGCUCCGCUCGCUAUGAUAUCUCGCAUACGUCCGGAACAGCCAACGCGGUCAUUGCUAUGAUCUACGUCUACUACCUCUUCUACAACAUCGCCUGGUCGGGUCUUCUGGUCGGAUACACGGUGGAAAUUCUCCCGUACAGUAUCCGUGCCAAGGGCAUGACAGUGAUGUGGUUCUGUAUUGACGCUGCCCUCUUCUUCAACCAGUACAUCAACCCUAUCGCGCUGGACAACAUCGGCUGGAAAUACUACAUCUUCUACUGCGUGUGGCUGGGCUUUGAGCUGACCGUCGUCUGGUUCUUCUACAUCGAGACGCGCAAGACCCCGCUGGAAGAAAUCGCCAAGUACUUCGACGGCGACAAGGCGAUGGUCGGAGGUGUCGCGGGCACCGAGAAAGCCAAGGAGCUGGUGACGACGCUGCACUUCGAGGAGACGGUGACCAGCGAGACCGGGAAGGAUGGCGGCGUGGUCAACGAGAAGUCCGUGUAGCUUACCAGCUAUCUGGGCGUUGCUUUUGUGAUGUGUCUCGUUCUGUCCUGGCGGGUACUAGUUUUUACUGCAAUCUAUAUAAUCCAGUUCAUACGCAAUCCAAUUAAGCGGUUUUAAUGCAACCAGUCCCUGCGUCCUCGUAGAUGUGCAUCCGGCCUGAGGAACAGACCCUAAUUAGGUCUUGUGCGAUCACCUGUUGGGAACAGGACCGGGUGGCAUGACCUGAGCUCUCCCACCUCGACCUCCCGAGUAUCUUCCUUGUC